AUGGCACACACCAUCUUUGCCAACGACCAUAAAACAAAAUUUAACCUCCACCAUGCUUGGGAGGAGUUGAGGUACGACCAGAAAUGGUGUGAAGCUGCAACGCACAAGACUACUGGAAGCGGUAAGAAGAGAAAGUGUGAUGGAGCACAAUCAGAUGGAGCAACUUCCCCUCUCUGUGAUCAAGCAACACAACGACCUCCUGGUGUUAAGGCGGCGAAAGCAGCAAGCGGUAAGAGAAGUAUAGGAGAUCACCAGGAAGGGAAAGGAACAGCUAAGUUUGAAACCUUGUGUUCUAUUAAAGAUAGAGAUUUGAUCGUUCAAGAGAGACUUUCGAAGCAACGUUUGCUUGAAAGUCUCAUCUCCAAAAAAGACCCACUGUCUGAAGCUGAAGAAGCUCUAAAGCAGAAGCUAAUAAAUCGAGUCUUUGAAGAUGUUUAA